UUAGCCUUCUAUUCUUCUUCUCAGUCGAAGUCUCGAAGACUACCGCUAAAUAUUUUAGACUUUCCCUCCCGUUGUCCAAGACUACCGCCAAAUGGAUGGCAUCACCUGCAAGUCGGCAGCCACGACUGCUUCCGCCGUCCAAGCUCAGCAGACCGCCGGUGGCUCCUCAGAUCGCUCAUGUGUUCAAUUUCGCGGCGGAUCUACGGGCUCUACUCAACAUCACGGAGGAUUACGUCGUGCCCUUCCUCUCCUCUUCUUUGGAAGCCACAACUGAGAGGUUUUGCACUUCCUUUCUUGAGAUAAGUGUUCACGAAUACUCUGGAGUUGCAUGUUUGAUUGGUGUUACAUACGGUGUUUGCACAGAAAUUGUGGAUCCGAAUAGGGCAAUUCAUCUCUGUUGUCGUUGGUUUGCGUAUACAGGUCAAUGUAAACUCAACACAGAAGCUCUUGAACAUUUUAGAAAGGAUACCAUGGUAGUUUGCCACUUUCCUGUUUAACAAAGGUUGAAGAAUAUUAUGAUAGUUUGCCACUUUCCUGUUUUCUUAAAUCAUGGAGCGUGAUCUUCAAAUGCAACUUCAAAUGCAGCAUUGAUGGUAGAAAUUCAACAAAUGUGGGAAGAAAACAAAAUGAUGAAACACAAGUCCUUCCUGAUGAAGAUUAAGUAUUUUAUGUUUUUAUGACUUCUUGUGUAUGG